AUGACCAUUGGCCUAAGCGAAUUCGAUUCACCUGCCACUGAUGGCUCUGUCUCGCUGAACCAACUCGUGGACUACCACCUUGGAAGAAACCCCGAGUGCGGGUUUGCCAUGUUGGUAGACGUCUCGGAAAGCUCGAAUGAGCAACGCGUCGUGAAAUACCGGCAACUCGCUCAUGCUACACAUCGCGCUGCGCAUACUGUCAAUCCUGGUUCGGCGCUCCCCCAAGGGACCAGGGUAGCUAUCCUCACAUCCACGGACACCAUUGUGAAUAUCGCGCUUGUUCUGGGAAUUUUGAGGGCAGGGCUAGUGCCCUUCCCGAUCUCCCCUCGCGUUUCAGUCGCCGGGAUAUGCCAUCUUUUAAUCGCAACAGAAACAGUUCACAUGGUCAGCGGAGGUGGAUCUGCUAUCGCCCAUUUGGUCGAAAACGUUCUUUCCAUGAUGGAGGAAAGUCAGCAGCAUCUCAACAUCAUAUAUCUCCCAACCUUUAAGGAGCUAUUUCAACCACGCUCUGGAGAUUUGUUUGAGCCCUUUCCUGACCCCACUCCAUUGUCUGAAAAUUCGGUUGUAGCUAUCCUUCACAGUUCAGGGUCUACAGGAUUGCCCCGCCCAGUUACUUACACACAGGGGUGUAUUCUAAGCAGUUUUGUUAACCAACCCCCUUGUUAUGGAAUGGGUCGCUUCGGAGCUCGAGUUGGGCUCAUGGCAUUACCAACAUUUCAUGUCAUGGGUUUUAUAACUCACUGUUUUUAUCCCCAAUUCGCCGGAUUUACCAGUGUUCUCUUUGCCCCUGGGGCCACGCCAGUAGUUCCUAGCCCUGAUGUUACCCUACGCGCGGUUGUUAGAUCCCAAUGUACUUUUUUGUUGACGGUCCCAACCUUCCUCGAGGCAUGGUCGCACGACAACAAGGCCAUCAAUCACCUGAAAAAGAUAGAUGGAGUGGUCUAUGCCGGGGGACCUCUCAUUCCUCAUGUAGGAAACCGGCUUGUGGAACGAGGUAUUUACCCUUCGUUACGUCCAAGUCAGCCGGGUUUCAAUAAGUUCAUGUUAGGUGUUUCACUACGUGCUGCGUAUGGUGCUACGGAAUUUGGCGCACCAGUCGAGUUCGAUCUUGUGAAGCGUGCCCCAGAAGAUUGGAUUUACAUCGAGUUUCCAGACAAUAUCCAGCCCGAGCUCAUUCCGCAAAACGAUCAAGAUGGGACGUAUGAAUUAGUGAUGCUGUCUACUCCGAUUUACAAGCCAUUCGUUGUUAAUUAUAAGAACGAAAGAGGGGGAGUGGGUUAUGCCACAAAGGAUUUGGUAGUUCCUCACCCAACUAAGCUGGGGCUGUGGAAAGUUGUUGGUCGAUUGGAUGACCAAAUUGUACUACUAAAUGGAGAGAAAACCAAUCCGGUUCCCAUCGAGGAUCAAAUUGUCAAGUCUCCACUAAUACAAUCUGCCAUCAUGUUUGGCCGGGAACAGAACCAGACGGGCGUACUCAUCGAACUCCAUAAUCAGGUAGACUCUUUGGCAAAUGUGGAUUACGAAAAAAUCAUCAAUCAGAUAUGGCCGUUCGUGGAGUUGGCCAACAGCAAUACUUCUACACAUUCUCGAAUCGCUCGCGAAGCCAUCAUUUUCUCAGAGACGUCUCGUCCCUUGCCUCGCACACCAAAGGGGAAUGUUGCCAGGGCUGCUGCAUUGAAAUUAUAUGCCAACGAUAUUACUCGGAUGUAUGCCCAAUUGGGACAGGGCUCAUCUCUUACUUCACUUGGAGCCCCUGCAUCCUGGGAUGAUGUGGAAGGAGUCCAAUUUUGGUUGACUCGCUGUGUGACGCACUUACUAGGUAGACAAUUAGAUCCUUACGAUGACUUAUUCCAACAAGGGUUUGAUAGUUUAACGGCCACUCUCCUAUCAGGAGUGCUCCGACGGGCGUUAUCGCUACCUCCAAGCAUCGAGCCCCACAUUGUCGCGGAAAAAGUGACGCAACAAUCAAUAUUCAACCAUCCUUCGAUACUACAACUGGCCACUUACUUGGUUCAGUUGACUAACAAUUCCACAAGCUGUUCGCCCAGCGCUCCUGAAACAAGUACCAUGCAGACGAUGAUUGCACGCUAUACUCAAAACAUGAAAGUUCGCCAUAACGAUCCUGAUUGGCCACUCACAGGCUCCGAGCCCAUCGAAAGUGUAGUAAUUACUGGAACUACUGGCUCUUUAGGAUCACAUAUACUGGCACAACUGCUCACAAACGAACGCGUUAAGCGAGUCUGGGCGAUAAACCGUCCUCGCAGAGACUCUGGUGUACCAGUUAUAGAGAGGCAGCGCAUAUCUUUUGAAGACAAAGCACUUCCUAUUGUUUUGCUUAGCCACCCCAAGUUGACGUUCUUGGAGUGCAAUUUGAACGAGAACCAGCUAGGGUUAUCCAAUGAAGAUUACGAGUUGAUACAAUCUUCAGCAACGACCAUCAUCCAUAAUGCCUGGCAGGUCGAUUUCAAUUGGAACCUCCAAUCGUUCGAACCAAAUGUACAAGGUACCCGCUACUUGGUUGAUCUCGCAUUGAAUUCAACAUGGAAACGCGCGCCCCGGCUGGUCUUUACGUCUUCUAUCUCGGUGGCGGGCUUGGGACUUCCUGGAAGGUCCCUUGGCGAAGAAUAUCUCACAAGCUCCAGUAUUUCACUUGGGUUUGGAUACGGAGAAAGCAAGUACGUUGCCGAAAGGGUUCUAGAGGCGGCCAAGAUGGCAGGCCUGGAGACAUGCGUUAUACGCCUUGGCCAACUUUCAGGCGAUAGGAUCAGCGGUUCUUGGUCGAAGACCGAUUGGUUCCCUUCUAUGCUCGCAUCUUCUCUCACUAUAGGGUACCUUCCAGAUGCUAUCGGGGUCGUCUCAUGGGUGCCACUCGAUGCGGCUGCACAGUCCCUAUUGGAUUCAUGCUGCCAAGUGGUUGCUGAGCUACCCACCGUGGUGCAUAUAGCUCAUCCACAACCCUCAGCCUGGCCAGAGCUCAUGAAAAUCGUCACCCAAGUAAUUGCUAUGGAGUUUGGGAAGGAAUUGCCGUUCAUUCCUCUGGAUGAGUGGAAUAAGAUGGUUUCAAAAGCGUCGGGAUUGUACGAUGACAACGAUACCCGCAAACGGCUUCCAACCGUUAAACUUCAGGCAUCAGUUGAUGGUAUGGCACGAGUAGACCAAGCAAUCAGGGAAAGCAACAAUCGAGACGCAGAGACAUACGAAGUUUUUGGCGCGCCUCGCCUUGAUACAUCUCGCUUCAUAAGUCCCGCCACAUCCCCCAAAAAGAUGGAUGAUGCUUGGGGCAAAACGUCAGAGCAAGUGCUUACACACUUUUCUGUGAAUUACCAUACGGGGCUUACCACCGGUCAAGUUUUGGAAAAUACAAAACGAUAUGGAAAGAAUGAACUUCCUGAGGAGCCAGCCACUCCAUUAUGGGAGCUAAUUUUGGAACAAUUCAAGGACCAACUAGUUCUUAUUCUUCUCGGCUCCGCUGUCAUUUCUUUCGUACUUGCGUUAUUUGAGGACCAUGGUGACUCAGGAUUGUUUAUGGCCUUUGUUGAACCAGCUGUUAUCCUUCUGAUCUUGGUAGCCAAUGCUGCUGUGGGCGUUAUUCAGGAAACCAAGGCUGAGAGGGCUAUAGACGCUCUGAAGGAAUACUCGCCCGAUGAAGCCAAGGUAACUCGGGAUGGACACGUCGCCAAGAUUCACGCUUCAGACCUAGUUCCCGGAGACAUCGUUUCAAUUGCGGUUGGAGAUAGAAUUCCGGCGGACUGUCGUAUAAUUGAGAUACAUUCGAGUAGCUUCCGCAUCGACCAAGCCAUUCUAACAGGAGAAAGCCAGAGUGUCGGUAAAAUCGUGGAUGCUAUUAGCGAUACGAACGUUGUUAAACAGGACAUGACGAAUAUGGUGUUUUCAGGUACGACUGUGGUCAACGGCAACGCCACGGCCAUUGUCGUCCGGACCGGAGAACAAACAGCAAUUGGUGAUAUACAUCGCUCGAUCUCGUCCCAAAUCUCAGAAAAGACCCCUCUCAAGCGCAAAUUGGACGACUUUGGUGACAUGCUUGCCAAAGUCAUCACUGUCAUUUGCAUUUUGGUUUGGAUCGUCAACGUGCGACACUUUUGGGAUCCAGCCCAUCACGGUGUUUUACAAGGAGCUGUCUAUUAUUUCAAGAUUGCGGUUGCGCUCGCAGUGGCCGCGAUUCCGGAAGGCCUUGCAGCAGUUAUUACCGCAUGCCUUGCACUCGGAACGAAGAAGAUGGCUCAGAAAAAUGCGAUCGUUCGUAACUUGCCCAGCGUAGAAACACUUGGUGCCACGAAUGUGAUUUGCUCGGACAAGACUGGUACAUUGACCACAAAUCAAAUGAGUGUGUCGCGGGUCUUGGUUAUCGACAGUGUAUCGGGAGAUCCUGUGGAGUACAGCGUGGAAGGUACCACAUUUGCGCCCACGGGUAGCAUUUCUUCUCUGAAAGGCAAUAUUUUGAGCUCUCGGGAGCUGCAAACUGAGUCUAUGAUCCGGCUCGCCGAGGUCAGUGCAUUGUGCAACGAUGCAAAGAUUGUGUAUAACGAGGAAAAGGAUACCUAUACUAAUGUCGGCGAGCCUACCGAAGCAGCCCUCAGAGUGUUGGUUGAAAAAAUUGGGUGCCCCAGUGCGGAGGUGACAAAAUCGUUUGGUUCUCUUACUCCUCGAUCUCGCUCCACGGCCGUCAACGAUUACUACGAAAGUCAAUACAAGCGCCUACUCACUUUCGAAUUUUCGAGAGAUAGGAAAAUGAUGUCUGUGCUGGUUAAACAUGCUUCAAAUCCAGGAUCUGGUGCCACGUUGUUUGUCAAAGGGGCUCCAGAAUCAGUGCUUGAACGCUGCAAUUACAUUUGCGUUGGCGGCCAACUUCGCCCUCUCUCUCAAUCUCUCAGAAGUGAAUUGCUGGGCAAGGUAUCUGAAGUCGGUAGCCAAGGUCUGCGCACACUCGCGCUCGCUUACUCCGACAAAGCCGACGGAGAUGCAUCACACUACAAGUUAUCUACAACGGCGGAGUACUCACAGUUCGAGCAGGGGCUUGUAUUUGUUGGGCUUGUUGGAAUGCUGGAUCCACCUCGUCCAGAAGUUCGCAGUGCUAUCGCAAACUGCCGUGCAGCCGGCAUCCGGGUUAUAUGCAUCACUGGGGACAACAAAAAGACAGCCGAGGCAAUCUGCCGUCAGAUCGGAAUUUUCGGGCUCGAUGAAGACCUCAAUGGCAAGAGCUACACUGGACGAGAGCUAGAUGCUCUGAGUCACGAAGAUAAGAUUCUGGCCGUUCAACGCGCAAGCCUUUUUUCGCGCACAGAGCCCGGGCACAAGAGCCAAUUGGUUGACCUACUACAAGGACUUGGACUCGUUGUGGCCAUGACUGGUGAUGGGGUAAAUGAUGCCCCAGCUCUCAAGAAAGCCGAUAUUGGAGUUGCGAUGGGAAGCGGAACUGACGUCGCCAAACUUGCCGCCGACAUGGUCCUCGCUGAUUCUAAUUUUGCGACAAUUGAAACAGCUGUGGAGGAAGGUCGUUUAAUCUACAACAACACCAAGCAGUUUAUUCGCUAUCUCAUUUCUUCGAAUAUUGGUGAAGUGGUCAGCAUAUUCUUGACCGUGCUUUUAGGCAUGCCAGAAGCCUUGAUUCCAGUCCAACUCCUCUGGGUUAACCUGGUUACGGACAGUCUCCCGGCGACAGCUCUGGGGUUUAACCCUCCAGACCACACCAUCAUGCGUAUGCCACCGAGGGACGUACGUGAACCAUUGGUAGGGAAGUGGUUGUUCAUUCGUUAUUUAAUUAUUGGGACCUAUGUGGGAUUCGCGACCGUAUUCGGCUAUGCCUGGUGGUUUAUAUUCUAUGAGGGCGGCCCUCAAAUCACAUUCCACCAACUGACUCAUUUCCACCAAUGCUCUUCUCUCUUUCCAGAGAUUGGCUGUGCGAUGUUUACCAACGAAAUGGCCAAGACAGCGACAACUAUAAGUCUCUCUAUACUUGUUACGGUCGAAAUGUUCAACGCCGCCAAUUCUUUGUCGGAAAACGAAAGUCUACUGGUAUUACCAGUUUGGAAGAACCCCUACCUUGUGGCGGCCAUUGCUCUAAGUAUGACGCUUCAUUUCGCAAUCUUAUACAUUCCGUUCUUUACGGCGUUAUUCUCCAUUACCCCGCUGAACUGGCAAGAAUGGAAGGCUGUGGUACUCAUCAGCCUUCCGGUCAUUGCAAUAGAUGAGAUUUUAAAGUAUAUCUCGGCCACAUUUGUUGAUCCUCCCUCGAAGCUCAAAUUGGACUGA